AUGGACGAGAAUCUACUGGACGAUAUUAUCCAUCGGCUUUUGGCGAAGAGUACUGGGAGGACGGUGAAGCCGGUAAAUCUACUUGAAGCGGAGAUACGGCAGCUCUGCUCCGCUUCGAAGGAGGUUUUUCUCAGCCAGCCUAAUCUCCUCGAGCUCGAGGCUCCUAUCAAAAUCUGCGGAGAUGUUCACGGUCAGUUUCCGGACCUCUUGCGGCUGUUUGAGUACGGUGGAUACCCGCCGGCGGCGAACUACUUGUUCCUCGGAGACUACGUUGACCGUGGCAAGCAGAGCAUAGAGACGAUAUGUCUUCUUCUUGCCUACAAGAUCAAGUACAAGCUCAACUUCUUCCUCCUGAGAGGCAACCACGAGUGUGCCUCCAUCAACCGUGUGUACGGAUUCUACGACGAAUGCAAAAAGAGAUACAAUGUUAAGCUGUGGAAGAGUUUCACCGACUGCUUCAACUGUCUCCCUGUUGCUGCUCUCAUCGACGACAAGAUCCUCUGUAUGCACGGCGGGCUAUCGCCUUAUCUGAAGAGCUUGGAUGACAUAAGGAGGAUUCCUCGUCCUAUUGAUGUUCCUGAUGAGGGUGUUCUUUGUGAUCUGUUGUGGGCUGAUCCUGACAAAGACAUUCUAGGCUGGGCGGAGAAUGAUAGAGGUGUCUCUUAUACUUUUGGCCCUGACAAAGUUGCUGAGUUUCUUCAAACUCAUGACCUUGAUCUUAUUUGCCGAGCUCAUCAGGUAGUGGAAGAUGGAUAUGAGUUCUUUGCAAAGAGACAGCUGGUGACGAUAUUCUCUGCACCCAAUUACUGUGGUGAGUUUGACAAUGCUGGCGCAAUGAUGAGUGUUGAUGAUAGCUUGACGUGUUCAUUCCAAAUCCUCAAGUCAGCUACUGAGAAGAAAGGAAGAUUUGGGUUCAACAACAAUGUUCCUAGACCAGGAACCCCACCUCAGAAGGGUGGAAGAGGUGGUGGUUAA